AUGACUGAAAAGCUCACCUGGUUCGUGACGGGCUGUUCCUCUGGCAUGGGGGAAUGCCUGGUCCGGGCAAUUCUUGCGGCGGGUGAUCAAGUGAUUGCAACAGCUCGAGCGCGAAACACAAAUGCUCUUGAUCGCCUAACUCCACUUCAAGAUGCAGGAGCCGCUGUGAUGGAGCUAGACGUCACAGCAACAGCAGAAGUGCUCAAUGCUAAAGCUAAAGAAGCAUGGGCAAUAUACGGAAAAAUUGACGUCCUUGUCAACAAUGCUGCCUACAUUGAUGCGGGCGUAUUCGAAGAGAUCGAUGAAGCAUUCCUGACCCAGGCCAUCCGCAGCAAUGCCCUUGGUCCUCUCAAUCUUACACGUGCCUUCCUCCCGUACAUGCGGAGUAGGCGGACUGGGGCUAUUCUUUUCAUGUCAUCCGUGGGUGCUUACUACGGUGCACCUGGUGCUAGCGCAUACUCAGCCUCGAAGGGUUUACUUGAAGGACUAGUGCCUAAUCUCAGUCUGGAAAUCGAGCCAUUUGGUCUCCGAACUUGUAUGAUCACGCCUGGCUACUUUCGUACUAGUGUUAUGACGCCAGGCAAUAUUCUGUACCGAGCACCGAACCCAUUGCCGGAAUAUGCGGAGAUGAAUCAGUUAAUCAAGGCGGGUUGUAAUGCUGCGGACGGGAACCAGCCCGGGGAUCCUCUCGAAGCGGCUAAUUUGAUCGUGGAUGCCGUCAAAGGUCAGGGUCGAUGCAUUGGCAAAGAACUUCCCUUCAGGCUUCCAAUAGGACCCGAUGCAAUAAGUGCGAUAAGAGAGAAUUCCCAGGCAAAGCUAAGGAUCUGUGAUGAGUGGGAGGAUAUUGCAUCUGCUACUAAUUUUUAA